CAUCAUGCGCAUGCGCAAGGGCCGGCGCGAGCCUUUGUGCGCAUGCCCACUGCAUGGUUCCCGUCAGCCAACUCGCACUACAUGGUUGCUAGGGAGGGUUCGGUGUGCCGGCGGUGUUUCGGCGUCUAGAUUUGUUUUCACCUGUGAGGACGUCGGCAGUAGUGUGAAACAUGAGUGAGAAAGUAAAAUCAACAUCUAAAGCUGAAGGACAAAAGAGAGAUGAUCAACUUACUCACCCUCCUGAGCCUGUGGUCGCGCAGCAGCCCAGUAACGAACAACCUGAACAAGAGCAACCACCUGCUGAAAUUCAGGCUGAUGCAUUUGGUCAGGAGGAGCUGCAUGAAGAACCUGCAGCUGAAGGGCCUGAACUGGAGGCAGAUCUUCAAGAAGUAGAGCGGCCCAAGACUGGGCGCGAGCGGGGAGAUGGUCCAGAUGUCAAGGGGAAACGUCUGCUGAGAUUGGACUAUACUAAAUACCCUGGGUCAGGAGAAGGGCCAUCACGGGCUUAAAACAAGGUGAAAAAAAUCACACAAGUUGCUGUUAUGUUGGAAGCUUGACAUCUCCAAAUUCUUCCAAUAAAGCUUUACAGCAUAA